UUGUUCAGAAGUGAGAUUUCCGCUUUCUCAACGUGAAUCAACGUGAUUCAAUUGCUGACAGCUAAUCAACAUAAACAUUUGGCUUAUUUGCAAAAUUUAAGUUAUAAACGAUUAUGUCGAAAGUUAGACAAAGAUCCACUGAGCAUAAACGUGAAGCGGAAAAUAAGCAGCCACCUGCUGAGCCAAAGACUUCAGAUGACGAUGAAGAGGAGGAAGAGGUUCCAUUGUUUAACCCAAAUGCCUCAAAAGAGCUCCCACAGGCAUCAGACCAAACAACUGAGGCUAUAGACACAGCACUAAAAGAUCUCACACCCAGAUGGCGAAACUGGAUUAUUCGUGGGCUAUUCACAUGGGUGAUGAUUCUAUCUUUUGCUUUCAUAAUAUGGCUGGGGCCUCUAGCACUGGUGACUAUGAUUAUGCUUUUGCAAAUUAGUGGAUUCCAUGAAAUCAUUAAUAUUGGCUAUGUGGUAUACAAGUCAUACGAUCUUCCCUUGUUUCGGUCAUUGAGCUGGUACUUCCUCUUUGCGUCAAAUUAUUUCUUCUACGGAGAGAGCCUCAUUGACCAUUUUGGAGUUCUGUUACACAGGACUGAAUUCAUGCGUCCAUUUGUGGACUACCACCGUGUCAUCUCCUUUACCCUGUAUGUUGCUGGCUUUGUAAGCUUCGUGUUCAGUCUUAGGAAGAAGCACUACCUCAAACAGUUCACCAUGUUUGGCUGGACCCAUGUGACACUGCUGUUGGUGGUGACGCAGUCUCAUCUGAUCAUGCAGAACAUCUUUGAAGGACUCAUUUGGUUCCUUGUUCCCGUGUCUAUGAUCAUCUGUAAUGAUAUCAUGGCGUACAUGUUUGGGUUCUUCUUUGGGAAGACGCCUCUAAUAAAGCUGUCCCCCAAGAAGACAUGGGAGGGCUUCAUAGGAGGUGCUGCCUCAACCAUCCUGUUUGGAAUUGGGAUAUCUUGGGUGCUGAUACAGUUUGACCAGAUGGUUUGCCCCAUACAAUAUGAUGAUGACAAGGGGCAGAUAAGUAUGGAGUGUGAGCGACACCCUGUGUUCCAGUUGGAUGAAUAUGCCGUCCCUGAGACUGUACAGAUCUUGUCAAAACUGUUUACUUCAAGAGACCCCAUUUCUUUUCAGGUUGGCCGCCCCUGGGAGACUGUUAUGAUGUAUCCAUUCAUGCUUCAUUCCAUCAUCCUUGCCAUAUUUGCAUCUGUUAUUGGUCCCUUCGGGGGCUUCUUUGCAAGCGGCUUUAAGAGAGCCUUUAAAAUCAAGGACUUUGGUGACACGAUUCCCGGUCAUGGGGGCAUCAUGGACAGGUUUGAUUGUCAGUUCCUGAUGGCCACCUUUGUUCAUGUCUACUUUACCAGCUUCAUCAAGCUUCCAAAUCCAACAAAAAUCAUCCAGAGUGUGCUGGUGAUGAGUGUAGACCAGCAGAGGUUGAUCUUUAACAAGCUCCAAGAGAAACUGAUUGCCAGAGGUGUCAUUCAGGCCUAACCAGUGGCAACAGAUUUGUAAGGAUUUGUCUAUUGAAACCAUUAUAAUGUUCAACGCUCUGCCAGUGACGAAUUAUAAAUGCAGAAACCCUCUUCUGACUGCAACAACAUGGUAAAGAUUCAGACACCAUGUUCACACAUGAGCCAGUGGUUUUCCAGAAACUGUAUUGUUUGUUUUAUGUAUUUAUUGGAAUCCAUAUGCGUCUUGUGUUCUCUAAUAUAUAUGUAUUGUGGACUGUAUAUAAAAUAAAUGUCUUACACUAAGGAUAAGCAUUUUUAGCCAUAGAGUGUGUGAUAACUAUUUUAAAGAAUGGUCCUUUUUGUCUCAAUAUAUUCAAAUGUAGAUUUUUAUUUAUGUCUUUUACUUAAACAUUCUAUUGUUAAUAUUUUUUGUUAAGGAUAUAUUGCUUGUAUGCCUUCUCCAAUGAAAGUUACAAUGCUUUGAAAUAUUUGACUUAAAUAAGAUAUAAAUUGAAAAUAAACUACUGUAGAAAAGUGUCUGUAUAAUGGACUUAGACAAGACAUAUGCAAUUUCUUAUUUAUCAAAUUAAAACUAAUAAAAAUAGAAUUAUGAAUAAUACAUGUAUAGAAAAACAACUCAAAAGGUGUGAAAACUGUGUGUUUUACUAGGCUAUUUUAUAGUAUGUUUAUUAGCAAUGCUGUUUUCGGAGAAAACCCGAGGUAUUGUCAUAGCCUGCUCGUCGUCCAAGGUCUGCAGGCAUCGUGCUAAAACCUUUACAUUGGCUCUAAAAUCUAAGUGCUUCCACCUACAACUUUGAAACUUCAUAUGUAGAUGCACCUUGUUGAGUUCUACACGCCACACCCAUUUUGGGUCACUAGGGCAAAGGUCAAGGUCACUGUGACCUCUUUAAAAAAAAAUCUGACAUGUGAUCUUAAAUCCCGGUCUUGAAAGGAAGCACAGAGCAAGAGAUUGUUCAGCAAUUAUUAACAUAAAUACCUUGUUUGUUUUUUAAUAAAGCCUGGUUUAAUAAAAAUACAUUGAAAUAUUGAUGAUUAAAAUGAAGCAUCAAGGUGACCAGGGUAUUUAAAAAAUAAAUGAAAGAGGUAAAGAUAGCCAUGCAAAUAAACUGAAUUUGCGACACUUAAUCCUUUAACUUGAUGUAAGAAAUGUUUAUAAUAACACACUGUUUUAUCAAACUUUAUUUUACCUUUAAUAUACAUGGUUAAAAAAAUAUUUACAUUAAGUCCUAUAUAUUCAUGAAAAACAAUAAAUAUUUUUAUCAGCAAAACAUUUUUAACAACAAAUGAAAAUGUUAAUUUGGAUUAAUGGUUAUGACAAUAAUAUUGGUAUUAUCUAUGUGCACUUUAAUUGUGAUGCUUAUAAACAGGGUGUUUUGAUUUUUAAGUUUUUACAUAUUAUUAAUGCUCUUUAAAAAUACUGUAAAUGAACCAUGGUGAUACUUUGUUUUGUUAUCAGGAUAAUGUAUUCUUAGUUGACACUUUAAAGCCACAUAAAUACUCAAAAGCAACAAAUAUGUCGUAAAAUAUUCGUAAAAUAAUGUUCACCUUUAAAAAAUGAGUGUUCCAUAUAGCAAUAGCCAAAAUUUCAACGCUAGAUGUGGUAUAGUAACAUAGAUUUAACAAGAUACAAAAUGCUCGUUUUUUUAUAUUUUUUGUGUCACAAUAUAUAUCAUCUGAAUUUCCAGCGAUGAUAUCCAAACAUUUACGAAAAAACGCGAGAUCUGCUUUGGGCAGCUCAUGAGAACUACAUUGUUCACUCAUAAAUGUUCGGAUAUCUUCAUGGGAAAUUCACAUCGAAUAAUAUUGUCACACAAAAUUUUACAAACAAGCAUUUUGUAUCUCGUUAAAUCUGUGUUACCAGACCACAUCUAGCGUUUAAAUUUUGGCUAACGAUAUAAGGGACACUGCUUUUUUGUUUAACUUUAUUGUACGAAAUAUUCGUUGAUUUUGAGUAUUAUUGUAGACACAUUAACUAAAAUGUAUAAAAAAUCAGAUGAAUUGAUCAUGUUGACGUUGUACACUUAUGUUUUGUGGUCAAGCUAGAAUAGAAAUAAUUAUUUCAAUACCAUUUUGUCUUAGCUUUUUAACAGCAGUUUGUAGAUGAACCUAAUACGAUUCCAUGGCAUAACACUGUAAAUCUGCGAAAUCCGGGUACCUGCGGUAAAUCUGGCUACCGAACUCGGCAUUAAUGUAUUUCUGAUUGGUUCGCGGAUGGCACAACCAUGAACGGAAACUAACGGAAAAUCUUCCCUACUUUCCAAAAAUCUUACAACUUGGCAACGAAACAGUGCAUAUGCCGCCAUCUUGAAAUAUUUUAAUGGAUUGAUUAGCAAAGUAAAACACAGCGGUAGCAUGUUGAAAAGCAAUAUUUUAACCAAAUUAUAUAUUGAUUGCGUUUUUGCUAGUUAUUUUCUGCGGUCAACCGAUAUGCACAUUUUAUUCCAUGUGCAAAAUACGUGGUGUUUUCUGAAACAGUAUUUUUCAUCGAUAUUACAUUAUUUUCUACGUUCUUUAAGUUAUUUUUAUAAAAUGACGAAUACACAUGUGGUGAUACGGAUGGUCUGUUUUAUAUUUUAUGGUUUUAAUAUGACGUCAUUGCGCGAAUGGGAUAUGCACUGAAUAUUACUUCCGGAAAUAGCUAUUUUCAGUUUGGAAAUGCGAUGGUACUAAUGCUUUUUGAACGGACAUAGGGUAACCGUUUAAACGGUAGGGUGUUGUUUAUUUCAUUUCGUUUAAACAUUUAGAAAAAUCUGUAAACGUGACACCCUUAGUUCUAAUACAUUUUUAUACAUAUCUAAUAUAUUUGUAAGAAUAUCCAAACUCCAAAUGGCAGGUUCCCCAAAAAUCCAAUGUAGGUAGUUUUUUAUUGAUUUUUUUUCCGAGAGAACUUUAACUUCUUAUAUCAACCAUACUUAAUCUAGUCAUCUAACAUUAUAUGCAAUUAUAUGUUGAACUGAAAUUAUAUAGUGUCAAUACAAUAAAAACUAUUUUUCCUACAAAAAAGAUAUACAAACAUACAUGUAUUUCUCUUAAGUUAUUAAAACCUUGUUAGCCAUUAAGAAAUAUUUGUAAAGGAAGUUGGGCAGAUGUGAUUGACUGGUACUGAUGAUUUCAUGUUUGGAGGCAAUUUGUAAGGAGUUUGUUGAGGCCAAGUGUUGUGAUCACGGACAAUAUUGUAUACAAAUAAUAUAUACAUGUGCUGUUGCAUUUUAUCAUGAGGAACACAAAUAAGCAAAUAAAUGUCAUUUACAGUUGUAUAGACUAAACCAUAUAACCUAAAAAGUUCUUUGAUCCUAAAAAUGAAAAAUCUAGAUAGAUUUUUUACAUGAAUUUGAGUGAAAUAUAUUUGUAGUAUCUAAAGUAGAUAGAACUUUUUGUGUUAAAUUGUGAAAGUAAGGUGUUCUUCAUGAAUCAUAGGGAGUUGUGGAUAUAGUUUAAGAAGCUCAGUCAAAAAUGGUUGUUUUGUAAACCAGGUUUUCCGAAGGAAAAAACUGGUUAUUAGAUUGGCGCAUGCAGGCGGGCUGGCGGGCGGGUGGAACAAGCUUGUCCGGGCCAUAACUAUCGUUCAUUGUCAGAUUUUAAAAUCAUUUGGCACAUUUGUUCACCAUCAUUGGACGGUGUGUCGCGCGAAAUAAUUACGUCGAUAUCUCCAAGGUCAAGGUCACUCUUUGAGUUCAAAGGUCAAAAAUGGCCAUAAAUGAGCUUGUCCUGGCCAUAACUAUGUCAUUCAUUGUGAGAUUUUAAAAUCUUUUGGCACAUUUGUUCACCAUCAUGGGACGGUGUGUCGCACGAAAGAAUCACGUCAAUAUCUCCAAUGUCAAGGUCGCCACGACUAAAAAUAGAUUUAAAAAAAAAACAAACUUACAAAGGGGGUUAAUUUUGUUUGUUCAUUUCAAAAGUUCAGUUUGAGUUUUCUCCCUUUAUCAGAUUUUUUUUUCACAAUGAAAACCUGGUUUUGUGACAAUUUUGUCCCUUGUGUCUCAUUGUUCAAGAUUCAUUAAAUCGUAUUUAACAUUGUUUUGCUAGCAUCAAACUUUUGAACAAAAUAUUUCAUUUAAAUGGAAUACCUUAGUGAAACAUUUGUACAAUGUCAGUCAAGGAAAACAAAAGAUUGCUUUAUGCGGAAUUAUAUACAAAAAUCAAUUGGAUUUUUGUUAGUCAUUUAUGUUUUCAUGCAAUUUCCCUUUUAAUAUCACAUGUAAUUAAACCUUAAAUGUAACAAUUAAAGUUUUAUGAAUUUUUUAAAAACCACUUUUUAUUUAAGACAUACAUUCUGCAAUCACUUUUUAUGUCCCCCACUAUAGUAGUGGGGGACAUAUUGUUUUUGCCCUGUCUGUUGGUUGGUCUGUUGGUUGGUUUGCGCCAACUUUAACAUUUGCAAUAACUUUUGCAAUAUUGAAGAUAGAAACUUGAUCUUUGGCAUGCAUGUGUAUCUCAUGGAGCUGCACAUUUUGAGUGGUGAAAGGUCAAGGUCAUCCUUCAAGGUCAGAGGUCAAAAUUAUGUGGACAAAAUCGCUCAUUUUAUGAGUACUUUUGCAAUAUUGAAGAUUGCAACUUGAUAUUUGGCAUGCAUGUGUAUCUCAUGGAGCUGCACAUUUUGAGUAGUGAAAGGUCAAGGUCAUCCUUCAAGUUCAGAGGUCAAAUAUAUGUGGCCCAAAUCGUUUAUUUUAUGAAUACUUUUGCAAUAUUGAAGAUAGCAACUUGAUAUUUGGCAUGCAUGUGUAUCUCAUGGAGCUGCACACUUUGAGUGGUGAAAGGUCAAGGUCACCCUUCAAGGUCAAAUGUAUGGGUCAAAAUUGCUCAUGUAAUGUCACUUCUGCAAUAUUGAAGCUAGCAAUUUUUUUAUUUGAAAUGCAUGUGUAUCUCAUGGAGCUGCACAUUUUGAGUGGUGAAGGGUCAAGGUCAUCCUUCAAGGUCAAACGUCAUAUAGGGGAACAUUGUGUUUCACAAACACAUCUUGUUAUGAACUUGUUUAUAGUUUGUCUAAGUAAAAUGACCGAUACAAAGUACAAUAUUUCAAUUUGGUAGUUUGUUACCAUUUUAUCCAUCCCAUUUUAGAACUUUUUUUACAUGAUAUAAUUGUGCAAUAUAGUUGUCUGUUUGUUGUUCAUAUUUUUACCUUUUGCUUAACAUUUUGUUUAAACAAAUCUAAAAGUAAGGUAAGAAGAUUGGUAAAUAUUAGUUUGAUGUUUAUAUUUAUCAUAAGGUUUACCUUUCCUUCCAUUACAUGGAAAACACACAACAAUUAUUUGUCUUUGCUCUUAAUUAUGAAUGAAAUACUGUUGAUGGUCAAUAAAUUAAAACAUACAGACAUUGAUGGAAAUGCAAUUUGAUAACCUGUAAACAUGUUAAGUUGCAACAGACGAGCAAUUGUUCACGUUUGAGGGAGGAAAAAGGUUUUGAAAUCUUCAAAUUGAAUUUAACAAUUGAGAUACUCACUAUUUGAUACUAGUAUUCAAAAUUGUCUAAAUUAAAAUAAGGUUUGGCAGUAAAAUGUGUAGUACUAUUUGAAUGUUGGCAUUACUUGUUUUUAUGUUUGUGUCUUUAUUUUCUGGGUAUAAUUAUUAUUCAAAUUAUUGUUUCUGUUUUGCAUGUUUAACAAAUGGUUUCUUUUGCUAUUCAAAUUAAUGGGUCUUCUUGGGUACUUUUUAGUAACAUUCUGAACAGACUUAUAUUUGGACUUGUUUGUCUAACAAAUAAGGAACUACUAGGAGUUGUUUUCUUAAUUUUAAAAAAUUGAAUGUUCUUCCAUCAUUUUUUUUCAAUGCAAUUGUUUCAUUUCAUACAUUUAUUUGUAUUGUGUAUACAUUUUAGCCAUAUAUUUCUGGUUUGCUUCCAUCAUUUUGUAUGGAUUUGUGUGUGUGUGUAUGAUCAAGAGUUUGUAACAGGGGUUUUAAAUUCUAUGUAUGAUUUUCACAACAAAAAAAGUCAAAUGUCUUCUUUCUUUUUUUAAACUGUCAUUAGCAAUGUCAUUUAAACCUCAGUGUACAUUUACAUAUUUGCCUGAAGUAUUACACUGACAAACAACAGUAUAAGGUGGUACACUGGAGUAAUGUGUUUGCUUUAUGGGUCUGUUAGCAUUUCUUGAUUAUUUUCUUUACAUUCUAUGCCCUUUCUGUUAUGUCAAAGGCCCAUGUAUAUUAAUAAUUUUGUGUUUCAAUGUGCUAGUUUGUUUUCCAUAUGGACCACUUACUUACUGAUCACUGCCAAAUAGUUUGUUAGAAAUCUGUGUUGACACAAUUUGUCAUAUGUAAUGCAGGUUGUUAUCAUUCCUGUAUAUGAUACACACUUUUGUCUUAUGAAUAGUUAAUGCAGAAUCACCAGUUACAAUGUUAGUUAUUUAAUGUAACCGUUCAUUGCUUUCAAGAUAGAUAGUUGUUUGAAACGCAAUAAUGACUUGACAAAUAGCAAAUUAAUUAUCGAUCAUGAAUCAUAAUGUUAUUUUUCACCUCAAGAAUUUAUGAAUGAAAUAAGAGAAUAGAUUUUUUGAUUGAAUGUUAGUAUUAAUCUUCAUUUAAAUUUACUAUUUUAUUAACUGUACAUAUUUGAUAGUCAGUUGUUAUGUUGUGUAUGUCAUUAAAAUAAAAUGUGAUACCAG